GUUGCCUCGUCCCUGAAAUCGAUCCAGAACAACCCCGCUGAUCCCACGGAACCUAGCUAGUCCCGAAUUUGGCCUCUCCUUUGCCUACAGUAGUAGUAAACCUGGCCCUUGCUGGCUUCCGUAGAGCUACAACUUCCCUUCCAGAUGCAAUUAGCGUUUGUUUGCAAGGUUGGAAGCCUUACUCCGGAGUACUCUGUACCCCCAAAAAAUCCAGAACCAACACGCACGAGAAAGCAACGCCUGCGAGACAGAAGAGCCUUCUUGCGAUGAGCACGGACACCGCUGGACUGGAUUUUCGCCACUUUGGAGCUCAUUCAAGCUGGAAGUUGACAGCCACACACAAAAUUAAAGACGCAGAAGCUGUCACAAAUCGUCUGAUAGAACACCUGUCAAUGAGAUUGGAGUCGGUAUGAUGCCUAAAGAAACGCAAAGUGCCACAGCGAAGGACAAGGAUGAACACCAUGCCGAAGAGCUGGAUCCACUGAAACUUGUUGAAUUGCGCCUGAGUGCCCAAGCUGCAUCUGAGCACGUUGCCAACAAUGUAAAACAGGAGCUUGAGACAACGUCACACGUAAAGAGACCAGAUCGAAGUCGUGAACACCGUGCAAAUAACACUGCUAAAACGGGUACCUUCAUCAUGACGGACGCAAAAAGUGGAACCAACGAAAGCAGCUUCCAUCUCCUGAAGGUUGUAGAAGCCAGAGCAAGAGAAGCCAAGAUGAACCCGCAGGAAGUACAGCAGAGCACCAUUGACACUGAGAAGGGUCAAGGAAACCACCAGGGUGGUGAAAUUGUGCCCUCGCCAGCAGCGAACCAGAGGGCUGUCAACCGUUCAAUUCGUCCUGGAGCCUAUGCUGGGGCGCCAGGAUCAAGCUUUCAUCGCAUGCUUACUUUGCGCUUCUCACUUUUGGGGCGGGGAAGGUCUGGAAUGGCUACAAUGAAGUUCUUCAAGAGCAAAAACGAUGGACUUGACGGUACCGGUACAUCAAGCUCAGGUUUAGAUGGAUCUGGGUUGUCAGUUGCUGUCCCAGUGGCUGAGCCUUCUAUCCAAAAUCUACCAACAGCAGAGCGCUUAGGAACCGUCAGUCAGCGUGAUCGAGAUGCCCAGGAAACAGAAUUUAGGAGGCAGAACGAAAAUCUCAAAGCUACGCUGAAAUUGGUGGUACCAGGGUUGCUAAUGAUCCUCAUGGUGGUUCUCUUGAUUGUAUUCCUUGCCCCAGACACAGAUCAGAUCACAGUACAGCAAGGAACUCCCUAGCUAGCAACAGCACCACGAUGAACCCAGCAGCAUACUGUAGCCCCAGCCUACUGUACAUCUGAACUGGCUUUCUUGCAAGAAUCUUCAAUCUCCUUUCGCUGGCGAAUGUAUUCCGUAUUCCAGAACCUCUUUCAACCGGGGGCGUGGGAUCUUUGUGCUUCAAAGUUGGAUGCGCACAAGCACUCGGUUUUCGGUCUUCUCUUGUAAACUUUCAGCAAUCGCGCAUAGGUACCGUAGUUUUGAGAUAUCCGUAGUACAUUUGUCCACCGGUACACAAAAGAUUUAUUUAUGAUUCAUUUCACCCCAUUUAGUCACCUCAAUGGAAAGUCUUGCA